AUGAUGUUAACCUGUGCCUGCGGCCUGCUCUUCCUGAGCUCCCUGUCUUUCGUGCAUGCGGCCGUUAAUUCUACCGCUCAAGCCUUGAACACGACUGACACAAACCUGAUCCCCAAUGGAAGCGGACCUGUGCUUUACUACAAUGGCUCUGGGCCUGUUCCCUCGUACGACAUUGUCUCACCAGUCCCGCCACCAAUCACGCCGAUUAAUAGCAGCUCCGCACUGGAGGACAUGUUCUUUACCGAGCUGUAUGCCAUUGCUAACACCACAACCUUUUCCAACAACUGUUCUCAGUGUGUUGCGGGUGCCGAGUUGAUGCACCUUGCAGCAAUCACAUUGCCGGUCGACAAUUUUGUCAAUAUCUUGAUCAGAAUAUGCGAGGCUGUCCCAACAGUGCAGGACUACAUUUACGCCGAUACGUGUGCAGCGGAAUAUGGCAGCGUUCAAAACACAUCUAUUCCUUAUUCGUCUGGAGGAGGCGCUACGGGAGCCUAUUACGCUCAGCUCUUUUCCAAGAUGAGCAUUGCAACUGGUGACAUGACAUACUACUGCUACUUCAACUGGGACGUGUGUCCAGAGCCUCCGACAGUCGGCAUUGAAGAGAGCCUGUACUUCAAACCCAAGCCAGCCAGUGCAAGCAAUGCGCCACCACCGUCAGGUAAAUCUAUCAAUGUCCUCCAUACUUCAGACUGGCAUUUGGAUCCACGUUACGAUAUCGGCAGUGAGGCAAAUUGUUCUCAAUACCUCUGCUGUCGUCCAUAUGCCACCAACGAUGACCUGUCGACAACCUCUGCGAAUGCCAGUGUUCCAGCCUCACGCUUCGGCUACCUUUACUGCGAUUCGCCUCCCGAUCUAGCAUUGAGUUCAUUUACGAGCAUGCAUCAGUUCUUCGAUUUGAGCAAUGUCUCAUUCACAAUCUUCACUGGUGACAUUCUGUCGCAUGAUAACGAUGACCAGAUAUCUCGCGAAUAUGCCGAAUAUGAGGAAACGGUCACCUACCAAACCUUUAAGGCUCAACUGGGCAACAUUCCAGUUUAUGCUACCCUAGGAAAUCACGAUUCCAUUCCAGAAGCAUGGAAUACACAAAAUAGUCUCAACCCUGGAGGCUCAACGGCUGCUUCCGCCAAUGCAUUUGGUUGGAACUACGAGCUCCUCUCCUCCCUCUGGGGCAACUCCGGCUGGAUCAACAGCACCGAACAAGACUACGCCUCGACGCACUAUGGUGCAUACGCACACACCACCGCCCAAGGUCUUCGCAUCAUCUCGAUCAACACUGACUUCUGGUACGUCGACAAUAUCUUCAACUAUUGGAAUGUUACGAAUCCCGACACCUCGGGCGUGUUGACUUGGCUGGCAUCCGAGCUUGCUGCAUGCGAAGCCCGAGGCCAACGUGCGUGGAUCAUUGGACAUGUCCCUUCAGGAUAUGACGGGAGCAACGCCGUUCUCAACCCCUCGGCACUCUUCUAUAGCAUUGUUGUGCGCUUUUCCCCCGCAACGAUCGCUGGUGUCUUCUUUGGCCACACCCACGAGGACCAAAUCCAAAUCUUUUAUGAUUUCCUCCCCAACAGCACAUAUACCUCAAAUGGCAAAACAUAUCGGAAUACCACCAUGGUCGACUACUCUAAGCCGUUGACAGUUGCGUAUAUCGGGCCAUCAAUCACGCCUCUGACCGGAAACAACGCCGGUUAUCAACUCUAUCAGGUCGAUGCGUCGACGUUCUCCAUCACAGGUAUUCAAACAUAUUUCGCCAACGUUAGCGAGGCGAACAGCUGGACCACCCCCGAAUGGAAAUUUGAAUACGAUGCUAGAGCUACCUAUGGGAUCGCAGCCGCUCACAAUAGUUCCUCUGGAAGGUGGCCGUCCAGUGCUCCCUUGAACGCGACAUUCUGGGACGGCGUCACAAAAAGCAUGUUGACCAAUCAGACUUUGGUGGAGUUGUACAACCUACUCGAGACCAAGAGCAGCGUGGUGACAGAGAGUUGCUCUACCGCGGCAUGCGCGAAGCAGAAGGUUUGCUAUAUCCGGAGCGGGAGUGCGACAUUGGGUCGAGCUUGUGGGGACCACAGUGGGCCUUUCUAA